CACACUGUACGAAAGCUGGCGUUUUGAACCUUCGCAUUCAGCCACUUGUGUAAUUUAGUUAGAGGUAGGCCUACGGGACAACAACAGCUGGGAGAAAACAAGAGGCACAAAAGGUACAAGGAGGAAGAUAGCUGAUGGUGUUUCUUGCGCAGUGUCUGCUGCACUGCCUGACAAUGACGGGAGGAUAUAAAACGGGGCGGACGGAUGGACAACGGUCACUGAGAGGGAAAGAAAGACGAGCAAGUUUUUGAGCGAGAGACUGAUAAUACAGAGAAAGAGAGAAUGAACCACCGUUGUUGUUUAGACUGAAUCACACCAGAGUGUGUGGACUUGUUAGAGAAACACUGAAAUAACAUCGAACAUCUCAGAUCCAUGAUGGAGCUGGUCCCUAAAACUAAGUACACUCACUUCCGGAGUGAAUCUCUCAGUUCGAAUGACGAUACCAACUCCAACCCUUUGUCCCUCCCCCCUUCCACCCCCGCAAUCCCCCUCACCCCUCCUGGGCUACCCUCCUCCCUCUCCUCCUCCUCUCUCACCCCCAUCCUCCCCCCUUCCUCCCCCCGCCGGGCUGAGAACAGCCCCACCACGCUCUGUUCCUUCUUCCCCAGGAUGGGAGCCCUUCGCCUGGGUGUCUCUGCUACUCUACUCCCAGGUCUCAAGGUCUCCAGCAGGCCUCAGCGGGCUCAAGCCCCUAUGGGGUCUUCAGGGGGUAACAGUUCCAGCUCUCCCACUCCUCACCCCCCUCCCUGUUUAACAGCCCCCUCUCCCCCCCAUCGUCCCCCUCUGCAGGAUAUGAACCGGCUGGGUGGGGCGUCCAGGAGGGCGCGGGUGGAGGGGGGGCAGCUGGGGGGAGAUGAGUGGACACGCCACGGCUCCUUCGUCAACAAGCCCACCAGAGGAUGGCUACACUCAGAUCAUGUGGUCAGCACCACUGGGGUCGCCUACUCAGUACGGUAUAUGGGCUGUGUGGAGGUGCUACAGUCUAUGAGGGCGCUGGACUUCAACACCAGAACUCAGGUCACCAGAGAGGCUAUCUCAGUGGUGUGUGAGGCAGUGCCUGGAGCCAAAGGAGCCCAACGCAAGAGAAAGCCGUCGUCUCGCUGUAUGACGUCCAUUCUGGGGAAACGUAACCUGCAGUUUGCUGGGAUGACCAUCAGCCUGACGGUCUCUACCAGCAGCCUCAACCUGCUGGCCUCCGACUGCAAACAGAUAAUUGCAAAUCAUCACAUGCAGUCCAUCUCUUUCGCUUCUGGAGGAGACCCAGACACAGCAGAGUAUGUAGCAUACGUGGCCAAAGACCCAGUCAACCAGAGAGCGUGUCAUAUCCUGGAGUGUUCGGAGGGCUUGGCCCAGGAAGUCAUCAGUACCAUAGGGCAGGCCUUCGAACUACGCUUCAAACAGUACCUGAAGAACCCCCCCAAACUGGUCACUCCCCAUGACAGGAUGGCUCCGUUUGAUGGCUCAGCGUGGGAGGAAGAGGAAGAUGAGGGAGCACCGCCCCCUGCAGAUGUUCCGUACUAUAAUAACUUCCCCGGGAAACAACCUCCUCCUGGGGGACUGGUGGACAUGAGGGCCCGCCCUGGGGCUACGCUGCCCUAUGGACAGCCGGGUCAGAAUGAUAUUCACAAGCAGCCGCUUCCCCCUCUACCAAUGGGAGCAAAGGAGGGAGGGCGGGACCUGUGUGAUGACCCUUCAUACGUCAAUGUGGAUAAACCCCGCCCCACAACAGCUGCAGCCAAUGGCAAUGCUCACAGAGAUGUGUUCGACAUGAAGCCAUUUGAUGAUUCCCUGGGUGUAUCAGGUCUGGGGGUCUCAGCGGCGCCCCCUCUGGUGGAACAGUUGCAGUGCGAGGCCUGGUUCCACGGCAGCCUGAGUCGCAGGCAGGCUGAGAGACUGCUGACCCGUGACGGAGACUUCCUGGUCCGAGAGUCAGGCACCACCCCUGGACAGUACGUCCUCACUGGACAACAGGGGGGUCAGCCCAAACACCUACUACUGGUCGACCCAGAGGGAGUGGUACGUACCAAAGACCACCACUUUGAGAGUGUGAGCCACCUGAUCAGUUACCACAUGGACAACAGACUGCCCAUCGUAUCAGCAGGCAGUGAGGUGUGUCUUCAACAACCAGUGGAGCACAGGGCCUGAACACACACACACAUACAGCAUUGCAACACACACACACUCUCAGAAACACUACACACAUAAGCAGUGCUGACAACAUUAAGGAAAGCCAAAAAAAACACCUCUAACUCUUUCUGCCAAAAUCAUUUGCUCUGCUUUUCCUCACACCCUUCUCUCCUCCUGGACGACUCACUGUUACCUCCGUGAUCCCUCCUUCUGUUCAUCCUUCCGUCAUCGAGGUCCACUCCCUCCAAAGAACGUGGGAGUAACACCUAGGAACACUUUAUUUUCCUUCUCAUUGGGACAGAAAUUAAUACAAUUUAGUAAAAAACGGAGCAUUAUUAAUUAAAUCAUGCCAUUCAUUCAGAAAUGAUUCUAUCAUAGUAAAGGAGGACUAUGCACCCUGGAGGGGAGGAGUGAAACGUAGAGAAAGGAAUGGAGGAAUGGGGGGAGAGGUUUUGAUCUUGACAUGGCAGAGGAAACAGUUUCUCUCACCGUCACAGAAGCACUCCAAAGACUUGUCUGAUGAUUGGACUCAUCAGAGAGCUCAGACAUGGACCCUCCAAUCAAAUAUCAGUGGAACACAGGAACAGCCAAUCAAAUAUCAGUGGAACACAUAAAUAACCAAUCAUGACUGAGAUCAGGCCUCCUGUUAAUAUGCAUAGACAUUUUUGUGUCCAUACCAAUCAGGGCCCUCACUCACCCUCAAGCCACUCCCAUUAAAAGACCUUUAAUCUUUGACCAUUGACCCCCUGAGUGAUACCUGGUGAUGUCACGGAGGACGUCUCUGUAUGCAAAAAGGGGGUUGCUAUGCCAACAACCAUUGUCUCCGUCUGUCCAAAUAUGGACAAGGUUUCUUUCCGGCCUCCGAAGGUGGAGUUUGAUAAAAGGAUGUGAUUCAUGCCCAUCCGACAUCCGCAAGUCUGUCUGCAUGGGACUUGUCUCCUUGUCUGUCUGCAUGGGACUAGUCUUACCUUUCUGCUCUGAUCAUGACAAAGAAAGUGGACUUGGUUGGACUGGGGUGGCAGAAACCAUGGAGAUGACUCCUACACCAACAUACAGUGUGCUAGUCUGUAUCUGUCAUGUGUACUUUCAUUGGGAGUAUAGUGUCAUUACAUAGAGAGGGAUGGAGAAAAGACUGGGAAGAGGCAGGGGGGAGGUUCCACAUCUAGAGAUGUCAUCAGACCUAGACACGAUGUCAUCUGAAAGAGUUCAAAACCAAUUCUACGACGAUGUCACAGUCAACCCAAAUGCUGCUGUUACAAUUUAAUCGGUGCUGUGUUGGAAUCGUAGUUCGUAUUAAUGCCAAUAUUUUCUUGCUUUUCAAUGGAUUUGUUGUUAAUAACUGUUUGCCUUGACAAUCUAUGGCCAUGUUUCUUGUCUGGACGGGUGGGGAGUGGAGAGGUUGGGGGGCAUACUGGAUGAAGUGUGUUUAAUGCCGAAAGCAUUCGGUCCAGAGCAUUCAAAGCAAUGAAUUUAUCUCCUCUCCAAAUGUGCUGCAACACUUGGUCAGGAGAUUAGCGUUUAGCGUUAGCAUUAGUGUGUGAUGUGUUUAUUCUCAGCUCACUGCAGGGAAAACUGUUAUCAGCACUGUUCACAACGAAAUCUGGGAGCUUGGCGAACGUUGGUCAGACGUUGGACUUGUUGUGUUGUUUUCCUUGGAAUUAGAAGAUGGUAGAGGGAGAGAACGUGGAGGAAUCAUCCUCUCCCCCCUUCUCUUCAUGAUAUGUUUUGUAUCUUUUACUCGUGCCUUGUUUCUUCGAUGCAGUCACCUCACUCCAGUGCAGUCUGUCACCUAAUGUACUGUGCUUAUUGUACAGUCAGUUGAUGGACUUAAUCCAAAUGUAGUGGACCGUUGGAUCCUGUCACAUGGUCUCUCAGUCCAUCAAAGACUGCAAAAAGGACACUGACUCUCACCACCCAGGUCCAGUGAUGCCAAUCCGCUCCUCUAUUGCACAUUCAUUCUUACUUCCUGUUGUCACUUGUUGUUGUCAAGGUUGUUUGAUGUCGCAGCUCUCAUUGGAGGGAUUUCCACUCCACCUGUAAAUAACAUCAGAUCUGAUUGGUCGGUUUGAGUUCUUGGUUCUGAAAUGAAAGUCUUUAUUGUUUAGAUGUUAUUAAUAACAUGGGUGGGACAGAACCAUAUACUGUAUUUCACAUGUAAUACCCACGGAAUACUUUUCUCUCUGAAUCCAAUUAAUUUUGAUUCUAGCCAAUGAACCAUGUCCAGGUUUUUGAGGGAGGCUGAAACCAAACUGUAAAUGUGGAAGUGAAGAGUAAACUGGGAUCUGCCACCUGCUGUACAAAAUAUUUCUGUCUCAUCAGUAGGGUUGCAAAUUCCUGUGGUUUUCCAGAAAUCUUGGUUGGAGGGGGGAUUCACUUCCUGUUUAUUCGCUUGUGUAAUUCUAGGAUUAUUUUAACCAGGAUUUCUGGAAAACUGGGGAAUUUGGGGAAAGUUAUCUGAAUUUUGCAACUCUAGUUAUGAGAAAGGGUUCUUUGAGCCUGGACAGGUAAUUGUUUAUUCAUCUUUCUCAUCGUGCUUGUGUGUGUGUUGUGAGAGAGGAUGUGUGGAUGAUCAGAGUUUAUGGUUGGGAGUGUAGGGGGUUGUGUAGUUCUUACAUGGUGGCACUUGUGCUCUGUGUGUGAGGCCUUUGCUUCAUUCUGUCACAAACACACAGACUGUUUAAGUGACUAUAGGUCCUGGAUAGGCAACAAGAAAACAAGUAUACAAGCCCCAAGGUGUGUGUGUAAAAGGAAUCAUCUAUCCUCUACAUAAUUUGUGAAACAUUCUAGCGUUGUCUUUGUUCGUCACAGUUGCCUUUGUUGCAUGGAAAUAAUUUUUUAACGUUUCUAUAUUGUUGUUUUGAUGUACUUUUUCAUUUGAGUUUUGAAAGCCAAAGGGUUAUUUUCAAUUAGCCUUCACAAAUAUUGAUUUAAUUUUUUACUUUUUACAGUUCUGUUGUAAUACUCUUGUUCUUUUGGGGGGGAAAUGCAUCUGUUUACACCUGUACCUGAAAUCACAGAUUGCAUAUAAAUGCAUAUGUCAUGAAUCUUUCUUGGUGAGUUUGGCUUUAAAAUGCAGUUUCUGGAUUUACUA